GCGCCGUAGCAUAUAAAUCACGUAAAAGACGGAAUCUGUCCUUUGCACUUACCACCACUUUCUGGUACGCCAUUACAACUCAAUUUUUGACCCCUUUCGGUCAAUUAUCGCCUUUUAAACAAGUCAAUUCUUGUUUAAAGAAGCGUAUUUUAGGUAUAUUCCUUUUUUCCGCUUAAUUAUCUCUUAUUUUUCACUUUUCUUGUCUGUGAAUUGAUUCAUCGCUGAUCCUUCCUUCCUGUGAGAUCUUAUUUGUUCUUCUUUUUCUAUAUAACCGUUUUUAUUUGCGUUUAUUUCUCCCUAUCUAAAAAUGGGGUUAAAAUGGAAUCCUUUCUCUAAGUCUAAGAAGCCCAAGGAACCUCUUCCUCUGGAACAGUAUGAAGCGGCUGAUCAAAAAAAAAUAGCUGGCUUAGUCAACAAACAAGAGGCAAAGCUCCUUAUCAUCGCGGGUACUGGAUUUUUAUUGGAUAGUUACGACUUGUUCAUUAUCAACCUCGUGUCUCCAGUCAUUUCUUAUUUGUACUGGGGUGGUUUAGAAGGCCAUGAAGACUACCCAUCGGGAAUUCGUGGUCUCGUAAAUGCUGCCACAAACAUUGGUAACAUUAUGGGACAGCUUAUAUUCGGCUUCUUGGGUGACUUUUUCGGCCGUCAGUUCGUUUAUGGCAAGGAAAUGAUGGUCGUUAUUAUUGCCACUAUUCUUUUAAUUAGUCUUCCCGACCGCCUUCCUACUCCUCUUGACAAGGCGAUGUGGCUUUUUACUUUCCGUGUUGUACUAGGUAUUGGUAUUGGUGGUGAUUAUCCGAUGUCUGCUUCCAUCACCUCUGAGCAAUCUAUGAUUAACCGCCGUGGUACUUUGCUAGCUUGGAUUUUUUCCAAUCAAGGUUGGGGAACUCUUGCCGGUUGUAUCGCUACUCUGAUUAUCCUCGCGUGCUAUAGCACAUCUUUAGACAAGCAUGGUGAUUAUCACAAAUUGGAUGGUGUAUGGCGUAUUCAAUUCGGCAUUGCCCUAUUCCCCGCUUUUCUUGUCUUGAUUCCUCGAUUGAGAAUGCAAGAAUCGAAACAAUUUAAGGACUCGAAGAAUGUGCAUGCUCUUAAUGAAGAAGAAAACAAUUCUCAGAUCGAUGAUAUAAAGAAAGACCCAGAAACGUAUACUCCCAUGGACCCUGCCCAGCAUUCGGACCCAGGAAAACUAACCGAAAAAACAUCUGGUUCUGUACAAGUUGAACCACACGAUGCUUCUUCUGUGACUUCCAAAGAUCUAUCUUCUGGUAAGACGGAGCAGAAGCAAGAAGUAAAGACCGGCUCUACCUUCGUUGCCUACUUUUCUGAGUGGAGACACAUGAAAUUAUUGCUUGGUUCAGCUAUCUCUUGGUUCCUUUUGGAUAUCGCAUUUUAUGGUGUCAAUCUUAACCAAUCUGUUCUUCUCGACGAGAUGGGCUUUAACAGCGGAAGAAACCAAUAUAAGAAAUUGCAGAGAAAUGCUAUCGGUAAUUUGAUUAUUUCCAUCGCCGGUUAUGUUCCAGGAUACUGGGCAUCUGUUUUUUUGAUUGAAAAAUUGGGUCGCAAAUGGAUUCAAAUGCAGGGAUUUGCUGUUUGCUCUCUUUUGUUCGCUGUACUUGCUGGAAAAUGGAAUACUAUUUCCACUGCUGGAAGAUUUGUAUGUGUUGCUCUUGCCCAGUUUUUCUUUAACUUUGGACCAAACACAACUUCAUUUGUUUAUCCAGCUGAAGUAUUCCCUUCAAGAGUUCGUGGCUUCUCUCAUGGAAUCUGCGCGGCUUGUGGUAAAGCGGGUGCCAUUCUCUCUGGUCUUUUAUUUAAUAAGUUGACGGAAGUAAUUGGUUUUGCCAACGUGUUGUGGAUCUUCUUUGGUUGCAUGGUUUUUGGCAUGAUAUUCAGUUUGCUUUUGCCCGAAACUGCUGGUCGUGAUGCAGAUUUGGUUGAUCGCCUUGAAAUAACUGCCCUUCAACAAGGAAAGCAUUCUAUUAUCGACCGGACUGAGAAAUGGGCUUGGUGGAAACACGGAUUUUAAUUUUACCUUGUGUGUAUUACAUAUUUUGUUGACUACAAGUCGGCAAUUUGUUGAUUGUUGAUUGUUUGUUGUUUGUUUUUUAUUAUUAUUUUCAUAUUUCCAAAGUUUGAAGCAGUAACUAUUAGAGAUUUCGUGACUUUUGAUUUGUUUAAGCUGUUCUUUUGACUUUCCAAUAUUUAUCUUUACUAUGUUUAUUUUUAUGCACAAAGAAGAUUGAUGUACUUGGCAGUUUUACUGUGGAUAUCAUCUUUAAAACAUUAGUAAACAGUGGGUUUUCGUAGAGUUAGUUUGUUUCUGAGAAGUUUGUGUUUCUUUUGAUAAUACUUCUUCCAAGACCUUAUAUUAUAUAUAUCGAAAAAAAAAGGAAACGAAA